GAAGAAGAAGAAGCGGAAGAGGAAGAAGCGGAUCAACGAGGCGAGGGGAAAAUAUCCGUAGUGAAUUUCCUUUAAAGCUAAGGGUCGGUUUACUUUAUGCAGUCAUGUCGCAGCAGCAGCCUCCGGCAGCAAACACGCAGGCAGUUCUUCAGCAGCCUCAACAACAGCAGCAGCAGCAAGAUUUUGACCCGGUUCAUAGAUUUAAAAUGCUGAUUCCACAAUUAAAAGAGAGUUUGCAGAACGUAAUGGCAAUUGCGUCACAAAAUUUUGCACAUAAUACUGCAAUUGAUAACGGAAUUGCAGUGAGGGCAGAAAAGCCACUCUCACCAAGAAAGAGUAAUGAUUCUACAGUUCAGCGAUUUGACAAGAGUUUGGAAGAGUUUUAUGCACUCUGCGAUCAACUGGAGCUCUGUCUGCGCCUGGCCCACGAGUGUCUUUCUCAGAGCAUCGACAGUGCCAAACACUCACCAAACCUGGUGCCUACAGCAACCAAACCAGAUACAGUGCAAACAGAGUCUUUGUCUUACUCUCAAUAUCUCAGCAUGAUCAAAUCUCAGAUUUCUUGUGCUAAAGACAUUCAUAAUGCUCUACUGGAAUGCUCCAAAAAAAUAGCAGGAAAGAGUCAGCAGCAAGGCAUCCUUUAACGGUGAUCAAUUUCAAGAGUUUGCUUCAACUUCAUGCCCUGAGAUUGUCCCUAGAACAUUUUCCUGGUUUAAAUAGAAAUUGUAAAUUAAAAUAACACACAAAGUUUGUAUGUACAAGUGUAAAGUAGGGCAGGUUUGGAGAUUAAAAAUGCAGAAACGUAUUGAUUGCUUAAUCAAAUUGUAAUUUUGUGUGCAAUGACCAAGACUUUAGAAUAUGUUUUUAUUUCUAAGCUUGGGCAUUGCCCCCUCCCAAUAAAGUGUAUAAUUUAACGCAA